AUGGAAUCAAGAAACAAUGUAACCUACUUUGUGCUUCUGGGUCUCACACAGAAUCCAAAGGAGCAGAAAGUCCUUUUUGUUUUGUUCCUGUUCAUCUAUCUCUUGACUCUGGUGGGCAACCUUCUUAUUAUAGUGACUGUAGCUGUCAGUGAGACUCUGAACUCACCGAUGUACUUUUUUCUUGCUAGCUUAUCAUGUAUGGAUGUCACUUACUCCACUUCUAUCACUCCCAGAUUGAUUUCAGAGUUGUUGUUUGGGGAAAAAAACAUAUCCUUUGAAUCUUGUAUGACCCAACUGUUUGCAGAGCACCUUUUUGCUGGAUCAGGGGUCUUCCUUCUGCUGGUGAUGGCCUAUGACCGCUAUGUGGCCAUCUGUAAGCCCUUGCAUUAUCUGGUGAUCAUGAGGCAGAGGGUGUGUGUUGUGCUGCUGGCGGUGUCCUGGGUUGGAGGUUUUCUGCACUCAGUGAUUCAACUUGGCACUGUUUAUGGGCUCCCAUUCUGUGGCCCCAAUGUCAUUGAUCACUAUACGUGUGACAUGUAUGCCUUAUUGGAACUCGUCUGUACUGACACCCAUGUCACUGGCAUCUUAGUGUUGGCCAAUGGAGGACUGAUCUGCACUGCUGUGUUUCUGCUCUUACUCGUCUCCUACGGAGUCAUCCUGCACUCUCUGAAGAACCUGAGUCAGGAAGGGAGGCGGAAAGCCCUCCAGACCUGUGGUUCCCACAUCACUGUGGUUGUCUGCUUCUUUGUUCCCUGUAUUUUCAUGUAUGUGAGACCUGCUAAGACGUUCUCGCUCGACAAAUUAUUAAGCGUGUUUUUCACAGUCAUAACCCCCAUUCUGAACCCACUAAUCUACAGUCUAAGAAGUUCUGAGCUAACUUAUGCUAUGAAGAAGCUCUGGAGAAGAAAUACCAUAUUUCAUAUUAAACAAGUGCAUCAUCUACCAUGA